AUGGAUCCAACCAUCCCAGCCCUGGGUACAUCAGUGACACGAAUCAACGGAACUGUGGAGACUCCUUGCUACAAGCUGACCCUGAGCCUCACGGUGCUGACGUGCAUCGUUUCCCUUCUGGGGCUGACAGGAAACGCGGUUGAGCUCUGGCUCCUGGGCUUCCGCAUGCACAGGAACGCUGUCUCCACCUACAUCCUCAACCUGGCUGUGGCCGACUUCCUCUUCCUCAGCGGCCACGUUUUACGUUUUCUGUUAAGCCUCAUCAAUAUCCCCCAUACCACCCGCAGAAUCCUCAUUUGUGUGAUGACCGUCCCCUACCUUACAGGCCUGAGCAUGCUGAGCGCCAUCAGCACCGAGCGCUGCCUGUCCGUCCUAUGGCCCAUGUGGUACCGCUGCCGCCGCCCUAGACACCUGUCAGCGGUCGUGUGUGUCCUGCUCUGGGUCCUGUCCCUGCUGCGGAGCAUCCUGGAGUGGAUGUUCUGUGACUUCCCGUUUAGUGGUGCUGAUUCUUGUUGGUGUGAAACAUCAAAUUUCAUCAUAAUCGCGUGGCUGACUUUUUUGUGUGUGGUUCUCUGUGUUUCUAGCCUGGUCCGGCUGGUCAGGAUUCUCUGUGGAUCCCAGAAGAUGCCGCUGACCAGGCUGUACGUGACCAUCCUGCUCACAGUGCUGGUCUUCCUCCUCUGCGGCCUGCCCUUCGGCAUUCUGGGAUCCCUAAAUUACAUGAUCCACAGGGAUCUGGAAGUCUUAUAUUGUCACGUUUAUCGGGUUUGCAUGUUCCUGUCCUCUCUAAACAGCAGUGCCAACCCCAUCAUUUACUUCUUCGUGGGCUCCUUUAGGCAGCGUCAAAAUAGGCAGAACCUGAAGCUGGUUCUCCAGAGGGCUCUGCAGGACACGCCUGAGGUGGAUGAAGGUGGAGGGCGGCUUCCUGAGGAAACCCUGGAGCUGUCGGUAAGCAGAUGUAGGCAGUGA